AUUGAUUAUUUUAUUUUUAUUUUUUUAACGAAAACACAAAGUAGACACGUAAAGCAUGUUCACAACAUAGUUUAAUUGGACAAAGAACGGUGACAAGUGGGAUAUGCAAGUAAGCAUUGAAGCCUUUGAAGGAAUGAAGUUGAGGUAGCUGGCAGUUGCAGACACAUCAGCGUAGAUACUAGAUGUUGAUAGUGAAGAUUACAAUUUCCAAAAAUCUACUAUUGCCUCUUUCCUAUCCAAUUUGCAUUACAACAACAACUUUUCUAAAUGUCGGCUUGCAGUCAAACCCAACGUGGAGAGAGAAACAAACGAAUACACUCAAAAGAGAAAGUCAAAUGAAGGUAAAUUAAAUGAACUUUAGUUCAAGUUGAUGCAUAACCUAACUAGGUGUAUUUGGUCUUAGCCUUUCCCACGAUAAAGUAAAGUAAAUUGAAAAUGUCAUAACUCUCUCUCUCUUUCUCUCUCUAGCAAAUUCAUGAAUAUUCCGUGUAUUGACUUUCCCACGGUUUAAAUGAAAACUAUAAAUAACAACAUCAUUACCCUUUUCUCUCUCAACUUCAUUCAUUUUCUUAACUCUCCACCCAAAAAAAAAAAGCAACAAUGAAUCAAGAAAUUGAUGUUUCACCAUUUUUUCUAUGCCCUAUUUCACUUCAACUCAUGAACGAUCCGGUUACUGUCUCGACAGGAAUAACCUACGACAGACAAUCCAUCGAAAAAUGGCUCUUUUCGUCCAAAAACAAUACAUGUCCUGUCACAAAACAACAACUCUUACAUGAUCAUCAAAAUCUCCUUAUUCUCACACCAAACCACACUCUUCGUAGACUCAUUCAAGCUUGGUGCACCAUUAACUCUUCUUAUGGCGUUGAAAGAAUUCCAACUCCAAAACCACCAACAACAAAAACCCUUAUAGAGAAACACCUCAAAGAAGCUUCUGAUUCUUUAGAUUCACCUCAUUUGCUUAUUCAAUCUCUUAGAAAGCUCAAAGCAACAGCCUCCGAGAGCGAAACGAAUCAACGGUGUAUGGAGUCGGCAGGUGCUGUAGAGUUCUUAGCAUCAAUAGUAACAAAAAACAACACAUGCUGUUCAUCUUCAACAGAAUUAACUGAAACUACCAUUCUUGAGAAUGAUGAUGAUAUGGAAGGGUUUGCUUUUGACUUUAAUAUUAGUGCAGAAGAUGAAGCAAUAAACAUCCUUUAUAAUCUUCAUUUAACAGAACAAGGUUUGAAAACUCUCUUGAACUUCAAAAAUGGAGAAUUUUUAGAAUCAUUAAUGAGAUUAUUGCAAAAGGGUAACUACGAUUCAAGAACAUAUGCAGUUUUUCUGUUGAAUUCCAUGUCAAAGAUUGCUGAUCCAUCAAAACUAGCCAAUCUAAAAACCGAGUUUUUCGUCGAACUAGUUCAGCUUCUCAAAGAUCAGAUAUCAAACAAGGCAUCAAAAGCGACACUACAAACAUUGAUUCAGCUCGUUGAAUUAGGGAGAAAUAGAGUAAGAGCAGUUGAAUCAGGUUGUGUUCAUGUUUUGAUAGAGCUUCUUCUGGAUUCCAAAGAAAGGAAGCCGUGUGAGAUGAUUUUGGUGCUCUUGGAGAUGUUAUGUCAAUCUGCUGAUGGAAGAGCUGAACUUUUAAGCCAUGGAUGUGGUUUAGCUAUUGUUUCAAAGAAGAUCUUGAGGAUUUCAACAAUGGCUAAUGAUAGAGCAGUGAAGAUUCUUCUAUCUGUUGCAAGAUUCUCUGCAACACAUACAGUUGUUCAAGAAAUGCUGGAAAUAGGUGUUGUUGCAAAGCUUUGUUUGGUUCUUCAAGUUGAUAGUGGAAAUAAGGCUAAGGAGAAAGCAAGAGAGAUUCUUAAAUUGCAUGCAAACUCUUGGAGGAAGUCUCAUUGUGUACCUACUAAUUUACUUGCUUCUUAUCCAUCAUCAAGUGCUUGAAAAAUUAGAGGGUCUUUUUUUGCAUUUUAUUUAGUUUUGAUCUUUUUACUCCUUCAUUGGGAUUUUUUGUUUUAAAGAAUGUAGAGUUGUUUAAAGAAGAUUGGUUAGAUGGAACAAGGGAUAGGUGUGGACUUAAAAUAUUAUUGUCCAUGAAGAAUGGGUCGGAAACAAAUUAAAUUAGGUGGACAAUUUCUCUACCCAUCACAAAAAGAUGGGUAGUGUACAUUCCACCAAUCAGAUUCUUAAAUUAGGAUCAAUUGUUUAUAUUGUGAAUGACUACAUCACAUAUUCAUACAACAAAUGUUAAAAUACAGGGUUAAAUACGUUUUUAGUCCCUAUAAAUAUGUGACCCUGCAUUUUUAGUCCUUAUAAAAUUUUCCUUUAAUGAAUGGUCCUUCUAAAAUUUUUAUGUAUUUUUAUGUAUGUAACUUCAAUCCCUGCUAUCAAACCAAU